GGAAGCCCCUCCCGGUUAGCCGUUAGCUUCCUAGCUCACUACCGGACGACAGCAGGAGUAUCCGGGGAAACGGAGCAGAAAACCCGGGCAGAGGACGGUAUGAGCCCGGCGGAGGACGACAGAGGAGCGCGGUGACCGGACAGCGAGUCUGCCGCCAAACGAAUCGUUUCACGGCGCGUUUAAAGAGCUGAAAAGAGCCGAAGAGAAGCCGAAAAACACCGAACCUCUCCCGACUCUCCCACUCCUCCUCCUCCUCCUCCUCGGGCUGCUUCUUCAUCUCUGACCGGAGAACCGGACAGGAAAACUCGGACUCACUAAGGACCAUGAAACUGUUCCUCGCUCGUCCCUGUCCUUAGAGAGAGAGAAAGAGUGUGUGUGCGUGAUCCAGGAUGGGGUUCGGUCGGGAUCUGAGGAACUCCCAUGAGGGCUUACUGAAGCUGCAGGACUGGGAGCUGAAGCUGCUGGAGACGGUGAAGCGUUUUAUGACUCUGCGGGUGAAGAGUGAUAAAGACUACGCUGCUCUGCUGCUCAGCAUGACUCAGCAAACUGAGAAACAGGAAGCAGCUGAUUACAUCAGCACCGUCAGCAAGUCUUGGUCUCAGGUGAUCCGUCAGACGGAGGCAUUGGGUCGAGUCAUGAGGAGUCACGCUGACGAUCUGAACUCCGGUCCUCUUCAUCGCCUCGCCACGCUGAUCCGCGACAAACAGCAGGUGAAGAAGAGCUACCAGAGUCUUCAUCAGCAGCUGGAGAGCCACAACCACAAGGUAACCAGGAGUGACCUGGACAAACUGAAGGCGACGUAUCGCCAGCUGAGCCGCGAUGCUAACAGCGCUAAAGAGAAAUACAGAGAAGCUGUGGCAAAAGGCCGGGAGGCAGAGCGUGCCCGGGAACGUUAUGACAAAGCGACGGCGAAGCUCCACAACCUUCACAACCAGUACGUGUUAGCGGUGUGCGGCGCUCGGACGCAGCAGGACGAACACAGACGCCACGCUGCUCCAGCGCUUCUCGACGCCCUCCAGAGGAUGCAGGAGGACAUGACGCUCGCCCUUAAAAGUAUUCUGGAGGAGUACUGUGAGAUCAGCAGUCUGCUGACAGAGGAGAUCGUGAAGGUUCAUCAGGAGAUCUCUGUAGCUGUCGAGCAGAUUGACCCGCUCGCAGAGUACCAACACUUCAUAGACGCCUACAGGUCUCCAGAGACGCCCGAGGCGAGUGUAGAGUUCGACCCGUCUUUGCUGGAGGAGACGGACAACCUGCCGGCCAAUGACAUCCUCUGGAACACGCUGACCUCAGACAGCCUUCAGGCCAUGUUGUUGUCGGCGACCGAGGAGCUGACGCUGACUCAGCAGAAUCUACGGACAAAGGAGGCGUUGGCUGUUGACCUGGACACUAAAAUCCAGACGAGUCAGCAGAGCCCAGAGAGAAAGAGCGACUGCGUCCUGCUGCUCAGUCAGAAACUCUCUCUCCUCGAGCUUCAUCAAGCCGUCCAAUCACUGCGUGGCUCUGAGGCUCGCCUCGCCUCCCAGAAGGCACUGCUGGAUGCAAAGAUGGCUGCCGCAGCCACACCGCCACCCCCUCCCCCUCCCCCUGCGCUGCCUUAUGAGGACGACGCCCGCUCUGUUAGCUCCACGGAUAAAUCUAAAGAGAGGAGUUCUCGGUUUGACACUCUGCGUCACUCUCUGGCCGGGAUGAUCCGCUCUCCUAAAGCCAUGCUAGGCUCCUCCUCCUCUCAGUUCUUUGAUGUGAUCCCAACCUCAGAGCGCCCCCUGGCGGAGCAGGAGUGGUACCAUGGAGCCAUCCCCCGAACUGAAGCACAGGAGUUACUACGGCAACAGGGAGACUUCCUGGUGAGGGAGAGUCACGGCAAACCGGGCGAGUACGUCCUGUCUGUGUUCUCUGAUGAGCAGAGACGCCACUUCAUCAUCCAGUACGCUGACAGUCAAUAUCGUUUUGAAGGGACCGGGUUCUCGACCAUCCCUCAACUCAUCGAGCAUCAUUUCUCCACCAAACACGUCAUCACAAAGAAGUCGGGGGUCGUGCUGCUUAACCCCGUCGUCAAGGAUAAAAAAUGGAUCCUGAAUCACGAGGACGUAACGCUGGGCGAGCUGCUGGGAAAGGGUAACUUUGGGGAGGUAUUCAAAGGAACGCUGCAGCGAGACAAAAUGCAGGUUGCUGUCAAAACAUGUAAAGAAGAUUUACCUCCAGAGCUGAAGAUCCGCUUCCUGUCUGAGGCCAGGAUCCUGAAGCAGUAUGACCAUCCAAACAUUGUGAAGCUGAUUGGUGUUUGUACUCAACGACAGCCAAUCUACAUUGUCAUGGAGCUGGUUCCAGGUGGAGACUUCCUGUCUUUUCUGAGGAAGAAGAAGGAUGAGCUGAAGACAAAGCAGCUGGUCCGUUUCUCUGUCGAUGCUGCAGCUGGGAUGGCGUACCUGGAGAGUAAGAACUGUAUCCACAGGGACCUGGCAGCGAGGAACUGUCUGGUGGGUGAGGGCAGUGUGUUGAAGAUCAGUGAUUUUGGGAUGAGCCGACAGGAGGACGAUGGGAUUUAUUCUUCAUCAGGAUUAAAACAGAUCCCCAUAAAGUGGACCGCUCCAGAGGCCCUCAAUUACGGUCGUUACAGCUCAGAGAGUGAUGUUUGGAGUUAUGGAAUCCUGCUGUGGGAGACCUUCAGUUUGGGGGUGUGUCCUUAUCCUGGAAUGACCAAUCAGCAAGCUCGAGAGCAGGUGGAGAAAGGUUAUAGGAUGGCGUGUCCUCAACGUUGCCCUGACGACGUGUACAAAGUGAUGCAGCGAUGCUGGCAGUACAACCCCGAAGACAGACCCAAGUUUAUCGAGCUGCAGCGAGACCUCGCCGCCAUCAAGAAAAAGUGAUGACAUCACCUCGCCGCCAUCAUGAAAAAGUGAUGACAUCACCUCGCCGCCAUCAAGAAAAACUGAUGACAUCAUCACAUACCUCGCCACUUUCUGAAAGAAGUGAUGAUGUCAUCACUCCCCUGGCCAUCAUCAGACUUCCGUGUUUUUGUUGUAGACUGUGGGCGUGGUCACACUGUUUUUUAAAGGAAAGCUUUAAAACACUAGUUCAGCCGUGAUGUCAUCACGCACUGAGCAUGUCUGUUAGCAAACAGAAGCAAACGGGAACUUCUCAUUUAGCUUUUGUAAGAAUAAACUCUUCAUCACCGCAGUUUAUACAUGAACGAGCGGUUUGAACUGUUAGCCUAACAGUAGCGUAGCAUUAGCUUAGUAGUCGAUACCUUCAAACACAAACUUUAUUAACGUCUGUAAAUAUCGACAUGAAUUGUUUUAUUUAUUUAUUUUGUUUCAAACAUUCAGAAAUUAUUAAAAAAAGGUGCCAAAACAAUAACAGGUGCAUGCAAAGCCAUGCCCCUUCACACUAACACUUUGUUACCAUGGCAACUGUUUGAACCCUAGAAAUGUCUUCACAUGAGGACCAAUCAGCUCUCUUUAUACCUUUUUAUUUUAAUUUAUUUUACUUUUGAUGUUAAACUGAACUUUAUUUUGAAAAACCAGCUGUCAUUCAUCACACUGGCCACGCCCACACAAGGUUUUUUAAGAUUUCAUUUAAAUUUUGUCCCACAAAAAAGUGAAAUAGUUCCAAUUAUUUUAAAUUUAAAAAAUCUGUUUGUUUUUUUAUUUUUUAUAAAUAAAUCCUCAGCACUUACUCGUUUACUUCCUGGUUGUCAUGGUGACCGAAAAGUUUCAGAUUAAUUUCUAUGUUUCAAAUUCCAGUCUGUCCUGAUUGGUCAGCAUCACUUCAUGCUGGUGAUGUCAUAGCUGCCUACUGUCGCUGUAAAUAAAGUUAAUUUAACGUUUGUUUUUUAAAUGUUUGAGUUUUUACACUUUAUGUUGAAACACUAAUCUUUGUAUUUUAUAUUUGUUUAAACUCUUUAUAAAAACACUAUCGUAUCAUUUAUUACAAAAAUCAAUAAAACAAUAAAAACAC